AUGGCGGAAGAACCAGUUUUAGUACUUGGUACAGGUAAGGAGGUAUUUAAAUCCCAAGAUAAGAAGAAUUCAGCUGUUCAUUCAUCUCCGAGCAGGAACAUUUUGAUGGAGAUGGCCAAUGAUGCGGAGGCAUCUUCUUCUAUUGGAUUAAACUUAAAGGUUAACAAUUUACAAAUAAAAUAUGGUGGAAUUACUAAAAGAUCAGUACAUGUCAUGGAGACUGUUCUGAAUGUGGAGGAUAGAAAAUUCGGCCCAGAAAAUUAUUUGUUGUCUAAUAACCAUAUUAAAGUGAAUAAGGUGGGAGCAGUUCAUGAAGAGGAGGGUGAUGUAAAUGUUGUCAAGUUGAAUAUGGAGAAGAGUUCAAUGGCUGUUCCAGUAGUUAAAAACCGUGCUCAUGGUUUUAUAGAGAAAGCUAAUAAAAUUGAAAUGCUUUCUCAUGAGGCUGAAAAUAGAUUGGAAGUGGAAACUUCAUCAAAUCCUAUCUUGGAUGAGCAGAUAUUAUCAAAUUCUGUGGUUGGGAAUAUGAAAGGGAAUGAAUUAAAGCUCAUAUUUCAGAAUGUCCAACAGAAGAGCAUACAAGAAUACAUAUUUCUGGGACAAAUAGAAUUUUUGAAGCUGGAUGGUGUAAAGAACCGUACAAUCAAGUCAUUCGUUCAAGGUUUUCUACCGGGAAUCGCUCUAAAGAUCUUUCUUAUUAUCCUUCCAACAAUUCUUAUGACUAUGUCUAAGAUAGAAGGUUUCACAUCACUGUCAUCGCUGGAGAGGAGAUCUGCCGGGAAGUACUACCUUUUCAUCUUGGUUAAUGUUUUUCUCGGAAGCAUAAUUACGGGAACUGCAUUUCAAAACCUUAAUGCUUUGCUCCAUGAAUCUGCUAGCGAAGUUCCUGUAACUAUUGGCGUCUCCAUUCCUAUGAAAGCAACAUUUUUCAUUACAUAUAUCAUGGUUGAUGGCUGGGCAGGCAUUGCUGCAGAGAUUCUUAGAAUAAAACCAUUGAUCGUUUUUCAUUUGAAAAAUGCCUUCUUAGUUAAAACUGAAAAGGACAGAGAACAGGCAAUGGAUCCUGGGAGUUUGGGUUAUGCCACGGCUGAGCCUAGAAUUCAAUUAUACUUCUUGCUUGGGCUUGUCUAUUCAGUUAUUACACCAUUCUUUCUUCCUUUCAUUGUUAUCUUCUUCGGAUUGUCAUAUCUUGUUUUCCGUCAUCAGAUUAUAAAUGUGUACAACCAAGAAUAUGAGAGUGGAGCUGCAUUCUGGCCGGAUGUUCAGAGACGUGUGAUAACUGCAAUGGUAAUAGCGCAGCUGUUACUUCUGGGUUUGAUAAGCACAAUGAACGCUGCCAACUCUACUCCAGUGCUCCUUGCACUUCCAGUAUUAACGAUUUGGUUCCACAUCUAUUGCAAACAUCGGUUUGAACCAGCAUUUGUGAAGUUUCCACUUCAGGAUGCAAUGGUGAAGGACACAUUAGAGCGAGCUACCGAGCCGAACUUUAACCUGAAAACUUACCUCCAAGAUGCUUACAUUCAUCCGGUCUUCCGUAAACAUGGGUGUGACCUGCCAUUGGCAGUUGCUGAUGAGGAGAACAUCCUUGUGCCUACCAAGAGAAAUUCUCGGAUGAACACUCCUGGGGAAAGUAAACGUGGCUCUGAUCGUGAAGACACUGAAAAUUAAAACUUUGCCACAACUCAGUCCCUUUUUUUGUUGAACUUAUUGUUUUUGUUUAGUAUCAUGGGUGACGCAUUAGUACUCAACUUUAAGAUUAGGAAUGCUGGCAAUGACAGCACUAAGAUCAAUGAUGUUUUGGAUGUGUUAUAAUUUUGUUAAC